CAACCCCGCCACAAACUACACUACACUACACUACCACCCUCUCUAAAACCAAUCCCCCAAAUAAUCCAUCCAAAAUGGGCGUCACCAAGACCAUCCUCACCCCCGGUACCUCCGACCAGAAGCCCGUCAAGGGCGACUACGUCUCCAUCCACUACACCGGAUGCCUGUACAAGGAGGGCGCCGAGAACAACAUGGGCGACAAAUUCGACAGCUCCCUCAACCCCGGCCGCGGCCCCUUCAAGGUCCAGAUCGGCGUGGGCCAGGUCAUCAAGGGCUGGGACGAGGGCGUCCCCACCAUGAACGUCGGCGAGGAGGCCGUCUUGACUAUUUCGCCUGACUACGGCUACGGAGCCCGUGGCUUCCCCGGGUUGAUCCCUGCUAACUCGACUCUUGUUUUCAAGGUCAAGCUUCUCUCUAUCAACUAAAUUGGAUUUUCGUUGAGGGGUGGGAAGUUUUAUGCAAAUACAGAAAAUUUUCUCUUUAUUUUGGGUCCUCUUUUUCUGGAAUCUCCUGGAAUCUGGAAAUGAAAUACUAAAGCAAUGUAAUCAUUAGCUACCUAGCCAUCGUGUAUGACUGGGAUCGGAGUAGCGGAA